CGUUCAUCCAUUCAACUUCUUUCUUUCUUUCGAGUAUUGAAUGUUGUUUAGUCAAAGGGGGUUCAUGAUUUCUUUGAUGUUUUCCACAUGGGUUUUCAGUUAAUCACACAAGGAACCAAACUACUCUUCUCAAACAUUCAUGGCAGAACAAGGGAAUCAAAACCCCAUAAGACUCUAUCAGGCUUGGAAAGGAAGCAAUAGAUUCUUUUGUUGGGGACGAUUGAUCUUCGGUCCUGAUGUGUCUUCUUUAUAUUUGACCAUAGUCUUGAUCGGAGGCCCUGCUUUAUGCUUUUGUAUUAGAGUUUAUCAAAACAUUAAUGACAAUGACAAACAUGGCAAAGAUAGUGAUUACUGGUACAUUGUGCUGUUUGUGGCAGCAUUUCUCACUUGUUUGGAUAUAUUAUUUCUCCUCAUGACAUCGAGUAGAGAUCCGGGAAUAAUCCCACGAAACACAAAACCACCCGAAUCUGAGGAAGCAUUUGAUAUGAACACACCUUCAAUGGAAUGGAUCAAUGACAAAACUCCUCAUUUGAGAUUACCAAGAACAAAAGAAGUUAUUGUGAACGGUCAUCCGGUUAACGUCAAAUACUGUGACACGUGUAUGCUUUAUCGUCCUCCGCGUGCCUCGCAUUGCUCCAUCUGCAACAACUGUGUUCAAAAGUUUGACCAUCAUUGUCCAUGGGUCGGUCAAUGCAUUGGACUGCGUAACUAUCGGUUCUUCUACUUGUUCAUAUCAACAUCAACUGUCCUGUGCUUAUAUGUGUUGGGCUUUUCGUGGGUCCACAUCGCUCAAAACAAAGAGGGCGUUUUGAAGGCUAUGCAAAAGGACAUCUUAUCAGAUGUCCUCAUUGUAUACUGCUUUAUCACCGUUUGGUUUGUGGGCGGGCUUUCGGUUUUCCACUUUUAUCUCAUUUGCACAAACCAGACAACAUAUGAAAACUUCCGAUAUCGAUACGAUAAGAAGGAGAAUCCGUAUCACAAGGGAAUAAUAAGGAACCUUCAAGAAGUCUUUCUAUCAAAAAUCUCUCCUUCGUUGAAUAAUUUUCGGGCGUUUGCGUGUGAAGCUGAAAACGUGGUAGCUGAGGAAACAGGUACAGAUAAUGUGCGGACCUCAAAGGAAAAAAUCGACAUUGAAAUGGGAAAUAGGUUUGCAGAAUCAGAGGGGAUUUCACUUCCUGAAAUUCUACAAAAUCUGCAUUAUGAUGAACUGGAGGGAAACUCAAAAGGCAAGGAGGGAAUUGUUGACUUUGAUAUUCAACCGUCUCCGUUUAUUUUUGAACCUGAGAAACGUGAUGAGGAGAUAAUCGCUCGUGAAACCGAAACUAUGCAUCAAGUAUAGAGAUGAGUCAAAUCAAACAAAUGGUCGAACGGGUUGAAAGUUGCAUAAGUGGCUAUUUCGGGUGUCUUCAGAAUGUGGAAGACGAAUGCAGAAGCCUUUUGCAGAUUAAAUACAAUUCAGCCAGUCAUUCUGUUUCCAAACUAUUAGAAGAGAACUGCAAUUCUGUGAUCAAACAUAUUCAGUACAGAUUAUUUUCAUUCAUUGUUUUCGGGCUUUUUUUUUUUGUUUUGUUCUAUUUGAUGAUGUUGAUUGGACCAUUGUAUGUGUAUGAAAUGAUUUUUUUUUUU